ACCGCUCAGGCCGCUGCUCGUUAGCGCGGCGCCAUGGACGCGCAGCGGGCCGAGGUCCGCGCCUUGGAGGCUGAGAUCGCGGCCCUGCGGCGGGCGUGCGAGGAACCGCGGGCGGCGGGGGAAGACACUUGGCGAGCGCAAAAAUCACUUCGAGAAAUGUAUCAAUCAGAUUCUGAAGGAUGGGCCUCUUCAAAAGAUCUGAGAAGUCAUCUUGGACAUUUAGAAUCAGAACUUCUUUUUCUAAGCACACUUACCGGCAUCAGUGUAAGAAAUUACUCCAUGAAGACAGAGGACCUUACAAACACUGAGAAGAAAGAAAAGAGUAUAAUGAAAGUUCUACAGAGACACAGAUUAUCAGGAAAUUGCCACAUGAUUACAUUUCAACUUGAAUUUCAGAUUCUGGAAAUCCAGAAUAAGGAGAGUUUAUCUUCUGUUAUUACUGACCUCAACAUAAUAAUGGAGCCCACUGAAUAUUCAGAAUUAAGUGAAUUUGUGUCUAGAGCAGAAGAAAGAAGAGAUCUGUUGAUGUUUUUCCGAAGCCUACACUUUUUUGUGGAGUGGUGUGAAUAUCGAAAGCGCACAUUUGAACACUUCAAGGAGAAGUACCCAGCAGCCGUGCACCUCCCGGAGGGGGCCGCCUCCAGCUGCAUGGUGGUCCGGAGCGCCUGCCAGCCAGGGUUCGAGCUGGUCAUCAUUUGGAGGGUGCAGAUAGAUGAAGAAGGGAGGGUUUUGCCGAAGCUGGAUCUUCUACCCAAAGCACCACAGCAAGCCCUGGAGCUGGACCGGAACCGAGUCCUGGAGACCGCGCCUCUCAGCUUCCGAGCCCUGCUGGGCGCACUGGGCAUUGAAGCCGCCCUCGAGAGCCUGAUAAAGUCGCUCUGCACAGCGGACUACGACUAG